UUCACCUUUGUGUGCAAAUAUCAUCAGCACAAAGGAUGUUUUUACUUUUACCGGUCAAUAAAUCAUGUUGGUGAGGAAAUACGCGUUUGUGUGAAUUGAUGUGGCUGCACCGUCUAGCUGACUGCAUUUUACAUUAUUGAAUAGUCUGUACUUUGUAUAUUAUUCAUUAGGAGUGGGUGGUGCCAUUUGCCUCGCACUAAUACUUGAAUAUGAGUCAAAUAUCGGUUAAUACAGCAACCAAACAGUGAGAAUUUGCUUAUAUAGGUAUUUAUGUGUUUUUAUUGGGGUAAGAUAUAUGUAGAAUAAUAACGCCAAACAUCUUUAUUGGUAGGGGAGGCAAGCAGGAAAAGACCUCAUAAGCGACGCUCUGCGCAUGCGCAGACUGCUCUCGCCACUUAUGAAUUUUUAAUGGAAAAUGGCGGCUUUUCUCAACCAAACCCUCACAGCUCGGAGAUAAAAAAAAAAAGAAAAGGGAAAAUCACCAUUUGGAGCCAAUGUUUAGCACCUUCUUGACGCUCGAUUGUCGGCUCUCCGAUGCGGUGACGGCCCGCUAGCAAGAGUGAAAAGGUUUCUUUGUGAAAAUGUAUUCUUUCGCGCUCUGAGGCGAUGAAAGAUCAUUUUUGCUCCUUAACUCUUUCUGUGCCGACGCCAGCCAACAAUUAGGAAAGAAGAUGAUGCGCCAGGUGACAAGCGGCGACUUCUGCAUGAACGCACGGCCGUCGUGCCUGGCGGAGGACGGCCAUCACCCGGCCACUCACUUUGACCUUUGCGCCACACAGCCCAACAAGUUCUACCCCCCCCCUCCGCCACCGUCACUCCAGAUGACGCUGGCCCCCAUGGCACUGCCCGCUCCGAGCCACAAGGCCAUGGUGUGCCCGAGACAGGAAGUUCUCGGGGGUGACCCGCAGUUACCCGUGAAGCUCCCGGGUGUGAAAAGUGGCGACCCAGAGGCGGUGGCGGGAGACGACAGCAAAAAGAAGAACAAAGGUGCCGGGAAGACGGGCAGGAGGGGGCGCCCCCUGGGCACCACCAAGCUGGCGGGGUACAGGACCAGCACGGGGCGCCCCCUCGGCACCACCAGGGCUGCCGGCUUCAAGACGAGCCCGGGCCGGCCACUGGGCACUACCAGGGCGGCGGGCUACAAGGUGAGCCCUGGGCGACCCCCUGGCAGCAUCAAGGGCCUCUCCCGUCUCAACAAACUGACGUACAGCGGCGCCUGCAGCGGGGCCGCCUUCCCAUACCCCCUCCCUCACAAGGACAUCCUGUGUGAACCCUCGUGCAAGGACAAGAGUCCUACAGAGUGACGCUUCUCCUGCAGGGUGGAGUCCUCCUCACUGUUUUUUUUAUCAGCCUUCUAUCAUCGCUGUCAUUACCAGGAUUUGGCACACUCCUGAUGGGCAACACCAAGGAUUCCCAUGCCAGUGGAUCCUUUGAACGCAACACCAAUCAGAUGGUCUGCUCACUGACAGCUGUGGUGGUGGACAAAGUUUUUUUUUUUAAGUUGGCAUGAUGUGAAAGUGAGACUAUCAGGGAUGUGGCGUUCAGGCGUGGCUACAUGUAGCACUUUUUCCCACGCGUCCACUUUGUGUCUAAAUAUUAAUGCAUGUAAGUGUCACCCACUCUGUAAACAAGGAGUCCCGCUUCAUCGUCUGUGACCUGUCACCUGCGAAAGGGCUAAUGGCGUCCCUUUGUUGCCACGGACACGACGUAUUGCACCCACAGUGGUUUUUACACGUCAUAGUUUGAGAAAAACAUCUGCUUCCACGAAAAACAUGUGGCUUAAAACGGCCCAAUCUCUGACAAGUCCUUUCUAUUUAUUAUUCCAUCACUGUAUUAUUAAAGCCCCGAUGGAGCUUUGUGAUUUGCCGUUGAGAGUUUCAGUCUGCAGACAGAGGGCGCUGUUUCUCCACGGUGCAAUCAUGUUUUCAUGGAAACGAGUAUUUUAUUUCUAUUUAUUUUUGUCUUCUUUUAAGCAGAGCCGAUGCAAUGACAUAAUUAGUACUUUUAUUACAAUCAUAUUUAUUACUCAGACAGUUUACUACUCGUGUUCAUUUUAUGCAAACUCACUUGUGUUAAAAAGCACUCCAGCUAAUGCUGGGAAGCCCGAUUCCUUGUAAUGACUCGAAUUCUUACAAGUCACUCACUGAAGUGAACCGGGUAUUCGAUUAACCUGAGUCACCCGUCACAGUUCCACCCCAUCCCCCAACUUCCCCGGAAUGUAACCAUGCCCUGACAUGUGACUUGGCUAGAGUCAGUGAACGAGUUAAUGUAGACGAGUACCCGUGAGUCCUGAUUCAGUAUAAAACUAGCGAGUUUCGAACGGUUUUAUCAUGAUUCAAAUUGAAGCAACAUCUAAACAGCUCCAUUUGUUGCAAUAAAGUGUCACAUGCAUUGUACAGUAGUAACAUUAAUACUAGCCAUUUUUUCAAAUGAUUAUUGGUGUAUGGUUAGAUAUAAGUACUCUUCUCACUUUGUGUCGUGUUGUCUGACGGUUGCCAGGAAAAAGCAUCACUCACCUUUACCAAAGAAUAUCUCAUCAUGGGACACCAAAACAUGAGGUUUAGUGUCAUAAAAUAAAGAAGUAGCACUUCUAGAGCACCAUACCAUGAAGGGUAGUAUGACUGUGGCCCGCAGGUGAGAGUCUUGUAGUGGUGGCUCCUUGAAUGCAUCUCCAUCUUCUUUUUGGAAUUCAUGGAACACUGAUAUAUCCAAUAUGAUAUUUCUAAAGAGAUGGUGGCUCUUCCGCAUGGCUAGGAAGUGUUUAUCCUUUUCAAGUCAUGUCAUCAACCUCAAGAUUGAAUCUAAGCAUCAAAACCAGAAUUGAAACCAGAAAACGUGUGUGCUGUUAAGUGCUCUAAAUGAUGAUGUAGCUUUUAGUUCUUAAUGGGUUUUUUCUUUUAAUGGAAGAACUAGCAGUUUGUCAGUUUAUAAAUCUCUGUAAAGAUUAACUUCCUUGUCAUUAAGGACAUUUUGAAAUAGCUAAAAAUUUACUGUAGUAUGUCAACUAUUUGAAUAUUUGUUUUUGCCAUCAUCAGUGUAAGAUCCGAGAGGGUUUUUUUGUUGUAAAAGACGAAGUUCAUGUCUACAUGUCACAGUGGAUGCUGAGUUAUCAUGAAAGACUCGACGGCGACUUUGUAUAAUUCUCAUUUUAUUCCUGCAUGAUUGUUGUGGAAUGUUCAAAGGUUGUGUAAUAAAUGUAAAAGUAACUUGUGUUGAUGCUUUCAAGAUUUUGAUAGCCAGUGUUGUCUUGACGGGAAAGAAAUAAUAAAAAUGCGUUUUGGAUAU